CAACGCAUUUCGUGUGAACUCCGCCCACGCAGAAACACACCUGGCCGCGGGCUCGCGACGAGCUCAGGUGAGCGCAGGUGAGGCAUUCGGAGCGCGUGAGGCGAGGUAGCGGCGCGUCAUGGCGGAGUCGCAGCUCUUGUGUAUGGAGGACGGGCUCAUGCCCCUCGCGGUGCCCGAGUCCCGGCCGCAGUUCUACUACAGCGAGCAGCAGCGGGCGGCCCUGGAGCUCCUGAUCACCGACGGAGACGGAGCCUUCAAGACCCUCCUGAAGGACGAGAACAGCCAAGACUUCCUGUCGGCGCGGGAAAUCAAGGCCAUCGCCGGCAGCUUCGUCAAAUACAAGCCCGAGGAAGACGCUGGAGGAGCGUCAGCGGGUCAAGACAAGCGUGACGACGCCGGGUCCAUGCGCUCCACGUACUGGCCGCAGAUGUCGGACACCGAGGUCCCGCCGCUGGACAUCGGCUGGCCCUCAUCCGGGCUCUUCAAAGGGGUCACCCGGGUGUCGGUGCACACACACCCCCCCAAAGAGAACAGCCCGCACAUCAAGGAGGUGGCCCGCAAACUCAUACAGGAGUCCUGCAAGGUCGUGGCUAUCGUGAUGGACCUGCUGACCGAUCUGCAGAUUCUGCGGGAUCUGUUUGAGGCGUCCAAGCGCGGCGUGCCCGUCUACAUUGUUCUGGACGAGCAGGGAGCGCCGCACUUUCUGGACAUGUGCAGCCGAAUGCAGGUCGGAGCUACAGAGCUGAAGAACGUCCGGACUCGGACCGUAAAGGGAAUCGGGUUGAAUCUGUCCGUGGGGAGAAUCCCGGGAAACGUCCACAGCAAGUACAUGCUCAUCGACGGAGAUAAAGUCAUGUUUGGAACGUACAGUUUCUCCUGGAGCUCUUCUCGAAUGGACAGAAACAUGAUCACGGUGAUGUCGGGGCAGGUGGUGGAUUUCUACGAUAACGAUUUCCGACAACUGUACGCCAUCUCAGACAAACUGGACCUCUUUAAGGAGUUUCACAUCAGUAAGCCCCAAACGGGAACGCUGUCUCGGGCCGCGGUGCCCAAACGCCCCGCAGCGGCCACUUCUCGCUUCCAGGUCAAUCUCGGAGACGCGACGCAUGGAGAUCUGAAAGUGCCGGCACACAAAUACCACAAUCCCAAAUACCUGCUAGCGCUCGGACAGAUCCCGGGACGCACGGAGACGCUGCAGGACUUCUUCAGUAAGAUGGAGCCGCCCGAGCCGGAGCCGGAGCCGGAGAAUCCCACGGAAGAGCUGGAGAACCUCACACCUGUUCCCUCUCAGCCCGAGAAGAAAGAGUCCAAGAAACUCAAGACACUACCUUUUAACACAAAGCGGUGGAAGAAAGGGAAGAAGGACCAGACGAGUGACGAGGUUAUUGAAGAAAACACUGCGGACCCUUCAGACGACGCGUCUAAACACACGCUCACCAGAGACGAGACGCAGGACAGCCUCAAAAAGAAGAAGAGAGGACUCAUGAGCUUUUUCAGAAGAAGCUGAAUGAGGAUUGUUUUAAUUAUACCCGCUGUUUUUAACUCCUGAAGACUGUUAAACCUCAUGUUCACAGAACGCGUGACUCCUGCUGUGUUCCUGAGUGUGUUUGUGAUGUGAUCGGUGUGAAACUCGAACGCUUCUCAGCUCUGUGUGCACAUGUUUGAUAGUGAUAGUAAAACCUUCUAAUGAUGUACGAGGCUUGGUAAGGAAACCAAGUAAUGUCUAAAUUACAUUAAAGGGGAAGUUUAGGGGUAAAA